GCCAUCCAGCAGGCACUAUCUCCACUCCUUGGGAAGCACCGUUUGGAUAAAAAGCAAUCAAGACGCCGAUCGUAACCGAGAAACUGCCCCGCAGACGAGGUCAAGCUUUGGGCUCAAAAAUUGCUCUUCGGUCGAAAAGGCAGCAGCCACCUCGUCGGAAGCUGGUCCAUCCACCAUUUAUGGACCUGCCGAGGAAUCUCCACGAUUGUUACUUCUUCUACUAUUCGACAUGUAAAAAGGGGACCAACUGCGAGUAUCGCCAUGAGCCGGCGGCACUCGGCCAUGAGAAAACCUGCAAGCUGUGGGCGGAAGGCAAGUGUUACAAUCGCACCUGCACCAUGCGUCACAUGAAGAUCGAAAAGCCGCGCUCGGCCACUCCAUGCUUUUGGGAGGAUCAGCCAGGCGGCUGUCGCAAGCCGCACUGUGUGUUUCAGCACAAGAUCCCGAAGCCCGCGCAGCCAACGACGAGCAAUGUGGGCGUUCCGGUACAGCCGGCAGCUGCUGCCGCCGCCGCAAACGCUGCUGCAGCACAUCUCAUGCACUCGACUUCAGCCGCCGCCGUCGUGCUGGACUACAACUAUGCAACCCUGCUGCCGAGAAUCAUCUAAA